AUGGAGAAACUUUUCUCUUUUACAGCACGAAGGCUUCUGCCCGGCUUUAUUCAGUUUGCUGGUCGAGGUUUCCAUCGAGGGACCCCUGCAUGUGGAGAUGGCAUUUUCGUGCACAGAGACACUCCUCAGAACAAAAUGGAUGAUGUGUUUGAGUUUACUCCAGAAAACAUGAAGAGAGCAGAGGCUAUCAUUUCUAACUAUCCAGCAAGUCACAAGAGGGCAGCAGUUAUUCCAUUGUUGGAUUUGGCUCAAAGACAAAUUGGCUGGACCCCCAUUUCUGCAAUGCAUGCAGUAGCCAAACUAUUGGGAAUGCCAAAGAUGAGAGUCUAUGAAGUGGCAACAUUUUACACAAUGUUCAACAGGGAGCCUGUGGGUAAAUACUUUGUACAAAUCUGUACCACAACACCUUGUAUGUUGGGAGGGGUUGGAUCAGAUGUUAUUUUUGAUGCCUUGAAAAAGAAAUUGGGUAUUGGUAAUGGGGAGACAACUUCAGAUAAUAUGUUUACCUUAUUAGAAGUGGAAUGUCUUGGAGCUUGUGUCAAUGCACCUAUGGUACAGAUUAAUGAUGAUUAUUAUGAAGAUUUAACUGUAGAUGACAUGAAUAGAAUUAUUGAUGAAAUCAUUGCUGGAAAGAGACCUAAGCCUGGGCCACAGAGUGGCCAAAAUCAUCGUUUUUCCUGUGAACCCAAGGGAGGACUAACUUGUUUGACAACCCCACCCACAGGACCAGGUUUUGGUGUACGAAAAGAUCUAUGA